CCCUCUCAAAUUCUCUCCCUCCCAACCGCAGCUAGCACGUAUAUAUAAACCUGCAGGAAACGGCACGACGCGUCUACACAUAUGCCGCCUCGCCGCCGCCGCCGCCGCCGCCGUAGCAGCAGCAUCAUCAUCAUCAACAACAGCAGCAGGGAGGAGGAGCGCGCGCCGCCGUAGCUAGCGCGCCAUGUGGUCGUCGUGGGCGUGGACGUGGAGCUGGAGCGGCGCGGCGGCCGUGGCCGUGGCGGCGGCGGCGGCGUGGGUGGCGGUGUACGCGGCGGCGGCGAGGGCGGCGGAGGCGCUGUGGUGGCGGCCGCGGCGGGUGGAGCGGCACUUCGCGGCGCAGGGGGUGCGGGGGCCGGGGUACCGGUUCUUCGUGGGGAGCUCGAUCGAGCUCGUCCGCCUCAUGGUGGACGCCGCCUCCCGCCCCAUGGAGCCACCCACCUCCCACGACAUCCUCCCCCGCGUCCUCCCCUUCUACCACCAUUGGAGGAAGCUCUACGGUCCGAUGCAUUUGAUUUGGUUUGGGCGGACGCCGAGGUUGGUGGUGAGCGAGCCGGAGCUGAUCCGGGAGGUGCUCCUGACGCGGGCGGAUCACUUCGACCGGUACGAGGCGCACCCGAUGAUCUGCCAGUUCGAGGGCUACGGCCUCAGCAACCUCCACGGCGAGCGGUGGGCGCGCCGCCGCCGGGUGCUCACGCCGGCGUUCCACACCGAGAACCUCAGGAUGAUCGCGCCGUUCGUCGCCGGCACCGUCACCCGCAUGCUCGACGAGCUGGCGGAGCGCGCGCGCGCCGGCGGCGCCGGCGAGGCGGAGGUCGACGUCGCCGAGUGGUUCCAGCGCGUGCCGCAGGAGGCCAUCACGUUCGCCGCGUUCGGCCGCCGGAACUACGACGACGGCGCCGCCGUGUUCCGGCUCCAGGACGAGCUCGCCGGCUACGCCACCGAGGCGCACAGCAAGGUGUACAUCCCCGGGUACAGGUUCCUCCCCACGAGGAAGAACCGCCGCGUGUGGCAGCUCGACAGGGAGAUCAGGAGCCACCUCGCCAAGUUCGUCACCGGCCUGCAGAGCUGCAGCAGCAGCCAUGGCGACGACGCCGAUGAUGGCGGCGAUGGCGGCGGCGGCAUGAGGGAGUUCAUGAGCUUCAUGGCGCCGGCGAUGACGGCGGGCGAGAUCAUCGAGGAGAGCAAGAACUUCUUCUUCGCCGGGAAGGAGACGCUGUCCAACCUCCUCACCUGGACCACCGUCGCGCUCGCCAUGCACCCGGAGUGGCAGGAACGUGCCCGCCGCGAGGUCGUCGCCGUCUGCGGCCGUGGCGACCUCCCCACCAAGGACCACCUCCCCAAGCUCAAAACCCUCGGGAUGAUCUUGAACGAGACGCUGAGGCUGUACCCGCCGGCGGUGGCGAUGAUACGGACGGCGAAGGAGGACGUGGAGCUGGGCGGGUGCGUGGUGCCGGCGGGGACGGAGGUGAUGAUCCCGAUCAUGGCCGUCCACCACGACGCGGCGGCGUGGGGCGACGACGCCGCGGAGUUCAACCCGGCGAGGUUCGCCGCCGACGACGACGGCGGCCGGCGCCGCCACCCGAUGGCGUUCAUGCCGUUCGGCGGCGGCGCGCGGGUGUGCAUCGGCCAGAACAUGGCGCUCAUGGAGGCCAAGGUGGCGCUCGCCGUCGUCCUGCGGCGCUUCGAGUUCCGGCUAUCGCCGGCGUACGUGCACGCGCCCAGGGUGCUCAUGAUACUCAGCCCGCAGUUCGGCGCGCCGGUGAUCUUCCGGCCGCUGACGUCAGCCGCAGCUUAGCACACUACUCAAGAACACCCUCCAUGUUAAUCGGAUUCAAUUAAUUCCUUCUGUAAAUUAUCAUAUAUACAUAUAUAUACCACAUAUAUAUAAUGUUGUCAAAUGUCAACUGAAAAAAUAAUAUGUAUAGAAGCAUACCCAUACGUAACAAGUUUCAA